AGUUUCGGGGAUGCUUGGUGAGCAAAAUCAAUGGAACAAUCGUAACUUGUGUUAGGAAGCCAGAAUAGGGGGCUGACUGCAAGGAUUCACGAUCGAUAAAUUGUCCGCACUCCUUUUAUGAAUUACAAGUCCUAACCUAUUCCACAAGCCAGAUACUACCAGAAAACUACAACCGGUGACUCAGUACCUCUACACCGGGGCAUAAAUUGCCGCUUCGAUCUCGUCAUUUUCCCAUGAUUCUAUAAGGUCAAAAACUGCUCUUUGGAUUGAUGAACUUGCCGGAACUCAGAGUAACGAUAAGGCCGGUAACAAUCAGUAUAUCAUUGCACUGUCAACAUUACGUGAAAUGAGAGGAUUUGUUUGCAUGCUUCGCCAUCACCAAGACAGCACCGCAGCUGACUCCAUGCCUUCAAUGCGUCCGCUGCAAAGGCAUGGCGUUUUAACGAAAUCUCAGCAAAACGGAUUUUAAUUCAUUUUUAGUUGACAUUGCUGUAUGGUGAAACUGGCGUGCGAAUGGACUUGGAAUUAUUUGACAGAUCUGGUAUUUUGGAGUAGCUUUUCAUCAAGAAGUCCAAAGGUGAUUACGAAAGCUUUGCUGGACGUCUGUCAUGUCUACUUUUAAUACUUUAAGCUGUUUGUUCGACAACGCCACUGGUGUCAUGUUUCUCUACAAAGAAUUUUGAGAACAAAUCGCAAUGAAUGGACGAACAUAACGUGAUAAUCUUGUGAUUCUUACGUGAAAGAGAAACAAAGAGAAUGAAUUUGAUAAGUUUGGCAUUAAUUAACUACAAAAACAUUCACAUUAAAAAAAAAAAAACAUUUAUGAGGUUGACGAUAUACAUGAUAUCGGAAGGUGUUCUGCGUUUCAACAGCGCUAUCGUACUCAGCUCUGUGAUAUCUCGUUUCUCCCUUCUCGAAAAAGAAUUAAGAGAAAAAUAUCGCUAUGGACAGAUGAACAGAAACUGAUUGACUUGUGGCUCUUAUGUAAAAAGCGAUACCUGAUGAAUCAAUUUGAUAAAUUUGACAUCAGUUACACCAACAACAACAACAUAAUAAACGGUGUGCUUUAUCUCUUGACCACUUCGGGGUUGACGAUAUCAGAAAUGAUCUGCGUUUCCACUGUGGAGUCCCAACCAUGUCAAUAUCUCCUUGGUCUGGUUUGAUUGUAGAACCUUUCUUCAAGGUGUUUUCCAACGAUCUUGUUGUCUGAGGACGAAGUGUCACCAACAUGUCAGCCGACGUUCACACCAACAGACUGGCCAAACUAAAAACUCUUGCCAAGCUUGCCGGACCAGCGACGAGAAAUUACGAUGGCGGUCACAAGAUGUCUUCGCAAAAACGAAAGCGUGACAAAGCUCAAGAACAGUUGCGAACUAGAAUGCGACAACGGAUAAACGGGAAUGGUAACUCAUCUACCCUGAUCCACAGCAAGCGAAGCAGUUCAAUCCUGGAAGGAAGUGGGGAUACCAGUCUUUCACCCAGGAUGAAGCAUUCAUCCUCCAUGGAAGUUACCCCUAGGGAUCUUCAAGGAAAUAAUUUCUGGCGUACCCAGCAGGACAGAUACAACACCUUGACGGGGAUGCAAUCAACAGAAAAUAGCAAACAAGCCAAGAUCAGCACUAACCAGACGGUACCACUGCAGGAACUUGUAGACAGGGUCUGGCAUCGCAAGGAGCAACAUUUUGGUCAUGAAUCAAAAGUCUCCCCGAUGACCAUCAGGGCCUACAAACCACCUGUCGCCCCCUACGCAAUGCAACAAAGUUCGCACGUAAAGAAAAUCGUGAAAAUGAAGCCUAUACAACGAAGUGACAGAGAUGACAAAGGUCCGUUUGUACUUGUUCUGCAACGUAACGGAGGGGACGAAACUCAAAGUCAACCUAGAGGACGAAGGCGGGAUCGUCUAAAGACCACAGAUGAUUUCGGUACCUCUGAGACCAGGGUCAAGCUGAACCCAGUGGUCACGAGUCAGAUCUUACCACCAGUCAGCGGCAACAAGUCACCUUCUGAGCUCAAAACGUGGCGCCCUGCAUUGGAUACCGUGCACCAGCCAAAUGUUCUUCCCGAGGCCGAAGACCGUUCAGUGACCAAUUACCGACUGCAAUUGCAACAUGCCAAUAAGCUGGCUGAAGCUCGUUUCGAGUUCCAACACCAGGUGCCGUCAAAUAAAACGGUAGAAGAAAUGACCAUGCAAACAUUACAUCCCUUGCCACCUAUCCAGUCUGUUUACCCAGCGAAUGGUUCAGAAGGACCCACCGAAGAUUGUGUAGAAGCUGUAACAAAGACUGACCCUCAACAACGAACACCCAACGAGCAGACUCUCGAUCGGACAUCGUCUAAAAGUGAAAUACUGAACUUGAAGAAAUCGCAAAAAGAGGCAAAACGACAAAAACAGGUUGAAUCUGAGGAGUUCACAUUGUUGAGGACACGCAAAAGAUUCACAAAUAAGACAAAACAAUUCAAGAGUGAACUGGAGAGAGCACGGCAACUCUCGGCCAUAGAAGAAGAUCUGUCAUCGCUUAGCAGUGCACGAUUGCGGAGCUCUUCGGGAAGACAACCUAGCUUCUCUUCAUCAAGUGCAAAUUCUUUGAAUAGAAUCCACGAGGGAAGCGUUCCAAACUCGACUGUAAUUCAUGAAGAUGCGAGUGAAAGCAAUAGCGAUAACAGUGGCUAUGGAAGACCCGAAGGUUUAGUUCGAAGUUUAUCAAUACCAAAUCAAAACGCAAUACCGCUAGCUCCUCCGACAUCGCCGUCUGUCGAUCAUGAAAGCCAAUGGGACAAUAGCGUGAUCAUGAACGUCGAUAUUAUGACGAGUAACUUAGAAGCCUCCGUCUUCGAUGAAUUUAGUAAUUCAUCCGGUAGCAUGGGCGAUCACAAACAAUUAGAAAUAACCUCAGCGCCCGGGUUGUCCACUAAUGGUGACGAUGUUAUAGUUCCUCCUCAUGAAACACAGGGCGAAGACGCCAUGAUAUGGGUAGAGGGUGACCUGCCAUUCCAAGGGAGCACUGUUGAACACCAGGACACAAUGUCAGAACACACAAGAUAACGAACCACUCCCUCAGGAGAUGAAGAUGGUGAAAUUAUUCUACCAAAUAUAUGUUUUAUUAGUAUACUAUGGACUUUCGAUAUGGACAUACAUUUUUCUAACUCAACGUUUCUUAUCAUUUACGUAAGGAGAUGUCGAAUAUAUCUCAUUACAAUGAAACUGGAUUUCAUCUUAUUUUUCGUCAAAUAAUUGUAAGAAAACUAAAUAUUACAUUGCAUUGUUAUGUGGAUAUUCAGUUUUGCCACGGGGGUGGCUCGAGACCCAACUUCGAAAGUGUGAAAUAAUUGAAUGCAGCCAGCAAUCAUAUGCAGACAAUGAGAUGGCCCUACUUGUAAAUGUGUAUGUUUGUUAUAUCGUAAUUACUAAAUGUUGAUAAUAAACCAAUGUAGUACUGUGUCUAUUUCGAUCGCUUUCAAAGAUUUGAAAAACCUUAACUAAAAUGUUGAUACUCUGACCUGCAACGUCAGCCACCAACUUCCCUUUGUCAAAAUUGUGCCUUGCGACCAUGAUGUGGGUUAGAUGUCAAAUAUUACCAAACAAACGAUCGAAUGGAAGGUUGCACAACUGCAUUUGGAUGACAUUUGAGAGUAUAAAAAAAAUGCUGAGAAUAAUCAGCCAUUCAUUGCUACCGUACUUACCAUAACACAUUCGCCAACUCACCCCCCCCCCCACACACACACACACUUAGCUUAGCAGUCACCAUGUCCUUAAGGACGUUGGCUCCACAAAAAUAUUCAAACCAUUUUCUAUCUUGAUCAAUUCUGUUUGCCUUCUGGUAGGUGCCGUCUACUAGGAUGUCACCUUCCAUCUCUUCCUUGGUCCUUGGUGAUCCUUGCCUAUUUGUUCCCAGCUUAAAUCCUAAAUUUUCCUAAUGUAUUAUUUUGUAGAGAAGAUGUUUAUUACUAAGAAUCAAAACUCUCCAAAUUAAUCGGCGGACCCCCCCCCCCUCCCAAGUUUAUUUCAUAUUUUUAAAUUAAUGGGCUACUCAUUUCUGAUGUUUCUACUUCUCAAGUAUGGUCCCCCAUAGAAUGUAAAUCAUCGUGCCUUAUAUCACAGUGCCUGUAAAUGGUUCAACGUAAUAUUUUAUAUUUUCGAAUAGGUUUCUUGGUGUCUUAAUUUGUACCAACUAUAUCUUUUGAAGAGUUCGAUAUUUUUUUCCAGUUAACAUGUCUGAGUACAAAAGUUACUUUUCAAAAUCGACUUCAUUUAACUCUGAUUGAUUUUAUGUUGUACUUACAUAAUUAUGCUACAUGUUAGAGCAGAGAACUAGUCUUUGACUUCAGCCGCAUUGGCCAUAAUUCAUCGUUUCAAACAUCCAUGUUUCUUUAUAUGCGGAUUUGAUCCCUCCAAAGAAACAUUAAAUCCAGAAGAAAAUGCGUUAUAAAAACAUGUUUACUCUCGAUAGCUUGGAUGGGAAGGAAAAGCGCCAUUAUUCAAUCCUAAUAUUAUAGUGACGAGGGAUAGGUAUGUGCAUGUGUUUAACUUAUCUCCAUUAUUAUGUGUUGUUUAAUCUUUAAAGAGGAGGUUGAGUUCUGGGAAGAGAUGCAAAAUAAUUUGUGAGCGUUAUCAUUGUACUAUGCAUGUGUGGAAGAACAUCAGAUACAAAAUGUUCACUAAAAAGCAUGGCACUUAAUUCAAAUGCCUUAAUAUUGUAAAUAUGGCAUGUAACAUCAUAAAAAUCGGGACGGAUUUUUAUACCAAAUGCUCGACAUCUGUCCGUGUACAGUUCUUCAAACUUUACCAAGACAGGGCCAAAUUUCUUAUCAUUUUGAUAAUUCCUGAACCUUGCAGUUCACACCAAUUAAUACUAAGAUGCUAGAUGAUCUCACAUAAAUAUUAAAAAAAAGAUACUAGAUGAUCAACCUUUUCUGAUCGAUUCCAAAACGUUUCUUUCACAAUGCAUUCGCAUAAACAGAACUCAACUUUAUCUUUAAAUAAUAAUGAUGAAUUAUGGAUGACUCGUUAAAUGCUCAAUUUGUUAAUCACAUUGAGUCUCACACAGAAUGAGAGUAUCAUCGUAAUAAAUGACAUUGCUACACUAUCAA